UUGAUCGCUGAAGGAAUACUGAGAGUGAGUGAGCGAGCGCCCUCGCGGAGUUACAAACUGGAUGGAGCCAACUGAAGUACAUACUUUAGUUAUAUUAAGUGGAUUUUGACAGCGGAUCUCUGGCUUCAGUCUGACGACGUUUCCCACUGGAUCUUAUAGCGUGCCCACUGGGGAAAAUAAAUCAUUAUUUGCAAGAAACAUAGCUGGCAUGCGCUAAUAUGGAAACCAAACCAUUCUUGUCUCUAGCUAUAAGGAGGAUGGCUGGAAUUCUGCAGCUAUUUUAAAAGCCUUUCUUAGUUCAGACUGCUUCACUCUCCAUCCAUCGCAACAUCUCCGUGUCUCUUCCUGGCAGCAUCUCAUGAAAGGGCUCCUGAAAAACCCCUGCUCAGUAGCACCGCCGUGUUUGCGGAGCUGGCCGGGCGACGCUGGCAGUUCGCCCAAUGGCUGCUCCAGCUUCAUGGGUACAUACCCGCUACAACAGCGCAGGAUAUCCACAGACUCCUCCGGCCAGCUCUCGUCGUCUCCUCUGAGCUCCUCAAUGGGUCACCGAUGCAUCAGUAACCAUCCUCUCCACCCGCCCUUGCACAACCCAUCCGCCAUGAGCUCCAGCCCGGGUCAGCUGCAUUCGCCCAUCAGCACCCUCAGCUUGCCCAUCAACGGCCUCCACUCGCCAUACCCCAUCAUCAGCUCGCCCAUGGGCCAUCCUUCCAUGAGCGGCCCGUCCUCCACCAGCAUGACCUUCAGACCCAGCCUGAGCCCACAGCUCACUUCACCCAUGAAUGCAGUCAGUAGUUCGGAGGAUGUUAAACCCCCUCUGGGUCUGAACGGGGUGAUGAAGGUCCCGGCACAGCCCACAGGCACAUCCCUCUCCCUCACUAAACACAUAUGUGCCAUUUGCGGAGACCGUUCAUCAGGUAAACACUACGGGGUGUACAGCUGUGAGGGCUGUAAGGGCUUCUUCAAGAGAACGGUGAGAAAGGAUUUGACGUACACUUGCCGAGACAACAAGGACUGUUUAAUUGACAAACGCCAACGCAACCGCUGCCAGUACUGCCGCUAUCAGAAGUGCUUAGCCAUGGGAAUGAAGAGAGAAGCCGUUCAGGAGGAGCGGCAGCGGGCGAAGGAGCGGAGUGAGGAUGAGUUCAGCAGCUGUGCCAAUGAGGACAUGCCCGUGGAGAAGAUUCUGGAAGCCGAACUGGCAGUGGAACCAAAGACGGAGACCUACGUGGAGGCCAACCUGAGUGCGCCUGCCAAUUCUCCUAACGACCCUGUAACAAACAUCUGCCAAGCAGCUGACAAGCAGCUCUUUACCUUAGUGGAGUGGGCCAAGCGGAUACCUCACUUUUCUGAUCUCCCACUGGAUGAUCAAGUCAUCCUCCUGCGAGCAGGGUGGAAUGAACUCCUGAUUGCCUCUUUUUCGCAUCGUUCCAUAGCUGUGAAAGAUGGGAUAUUAUUAGCUACAGGCCUUCACGUCCACAGAAACAGCGCACAUACCGCCGGUGUGGGAGCCAUCUUUGACAGAGUGUUGACAGAGCUUGUGUCAAAGAUGAGAGACAUGCAAAUGGACAAGACUGAACUUGGAUGCCUGCGGGCCAUUGUUCUGUUCAAUCCAGAUUCAAAAGGACUGUCUAAUUCAUCAGAGGUGGAGGCAUUAAGGGAAAGAGUGUAUGCAUCUCUAGAGGCCUACUGUAAACACAGAUACCCCGAUCAGCCUGGGAGAUUUGCCAAGCUGUUACUGCGUCUGCCUGCCCUGCGCUCCAUCGGCCUAAAGUGUCUUGAACAUCUCUUCUUUUUCAAGUUAAUCGGAGACACACCCAUCGACACUUUCCUAAUGGAAAUGCUCGAAGCGCCACACCAAAUGACAUAAGGGAAUGUCACAGGAUCUCUGAUCUCACAGGAGAGGACUGAACUCAGAGUAAUUCUACCUUGGCGUUUCAUCAGAAACAUUGUGCAAUCCACAAAAUACUGUGUUAUGGUCCAUUACGGAAUACCACGCAGGAUGGAUUAAGUGAGUUUUUUCCUGGUUUGCAUGCACGUUUGGGAAGUCUCACAGAUUCUGGAGUUUUUGGUUUCUCAUUUCUUCUGCCUUACAGAGGUCUACCUCUGCUUUCCUUUGAGUACACAGCCAAACCGCCUCAUCUCUGAGCUCACAAUCAUUUUGCUGUGAAUUUUCAGAUUUCAUAAGAGGAAACAAAAUACCUCAGAUGCACUUCUUCAUGCAGCUGUCCUUAAAAAACACAUCACUGUAUCUGCCAUUGGAAGUUUUUGCUCAAACUGUGCAGUUAACGGAACCAUAGUAACAUUUUUCCUCCCCAAGCACUUAGAAAUUGCUUCUUUUAAGCGGUAUUGUAAUACGUCAGGAUUCUGAAAGUCCAUCUUCAUGAGGAAGAAACUGCAUGCAGUUUGGCUUUAAUUACUUUUUGGAAGAUAAAUGGGCCUAUGAAUAACAGAAUGGUCUAAAAAGAAUGAAAAGCAGGUGUACUCCUGGCUGAACUCACGCUGGAUGAAAAUACAAUGAUUCAUUGUUAGAAUUGUGUAAAAAAUACUUAGGCUUUUUCAUGAUGUUUUACCUCUAUAAUUCAGCAUAAAUAUGUAUUAAGUAUUUCCAAAGACUUCCAAUAAUGUAUCAUCUGAUAAUUCCCAGCAGGUGGGUGUUUGUGAUUUGAAAAUAUGCAAGGAGUUAAAGGAAUGCAGAUGAUAGUCUGGCCUCAGGGAAUGGCGAGGUUUGGGAAGUGCCAUGCCUGUCCCCUAUUGGAAAAGUUGUUACAUUGCAGCUGCACUCAUUUGCUAUUACAUGAAUUUGUUACAGUUUAAGAGUUGGGUUUUUACAGAAUGCUUGGCAAACAUUGCAAAAUAACAUUUCUAAGCCUCAGGUUGAUACAAAUGCAAUUUUUGGUUCUGUUGUGCAGUCUUAUCUGUGUCAUAAGGAAGAAAGUGUAAUGAUAGAUUUCAUAACAUUUGUAUUAACGCAUCAAACCUCAAUUGCAGAUUGAGCCAAUCUGAACCAGUGUUUUCAUGAUGACAAUUAAUUUUAAUAACUAUCAUUUGAAUUGGGGAAGUAUGUGUAGCAGCAGUUACAUUAGCAGUGCAAAAGACCUACUGAUUUAGACAAAACAUUAUGCCAAAAGAUAAUGCCAUGCCUCACAGCAACAUGAGUAUUCAGUCUAAUAUGCACAUAAACUGUCUAUGUAAUUAUUAUUAUAGAACCUAAAGUUCUAGUAGUCAGGGAGAAAUUUGAAUAGGCCAUCAGGGAAGAUUAGCAGACUUUUGUUUGUUCUGUCAUUGGACAUCUUUGGCCUUUCAUUACUCCAAAACAAGCAUAUUUAGAAUGUGCAUACAGGAACUAAAGACCCCUUGCUGAGGUAUAGACAAAACACAGACAAUGUAAAGCGCUCUUGGGUUUACACUGUUGGACUAGUCAAACUGGGUUCGUUAGACUAUCAAGAGCCAGCCACAUCUUACCCGAUAACGGCUACAAUCCUGAUGUGCCGCCAUCAGACAUCUGUAUUUUCCUGUGAGACUCCAAUUCAUCACAGGACAUGUCAGCAAAACACAAAAGAGAUGCAUUUUAAGAUAAUUAUCUAUUUUUGUACGACGUGUAAUUUUUUUUCUCUCUGUAUCAUUUUGUCUGUUCUAUAUUGUACACAUUGUUGGCAUAAAUAUUCAUUUUUAAGUGGAGCUGUGCCCUCAAACCUGGACUGAGGGAAAGGUUAUGUGCAUAGACUCUCUGUUCCUCUGCCAUUUGUUUUCAUGGUACCCUCACCUGAGAGCUGAGGACGGCUCACUCAUUCUUUUUUACAAGACAAACGGAGGGUGUAUUGUGUAUUAUCCUGUUAUGUCUGUUCAAAGGACUAUUAAAUUUCAGAUUGUAAAAAAAAAAAGAAAAAAAAAAACUUAUGUUGUCUUAUGUUAGAAAACAUCAGAAUUAUUUGAUAGUUAUUAAUAAAUGAUG